GAAAAGUAUUCAUAUGUAUAGUAUGUACUAAAACUUAGAGUAUUGGCAAACAUUCCUAAUUCUGUGAUCAACUGCUUAAUUUGAUCCUCAUUAUUUGAAAAUGGUGAAGAUACAGCCAAAUAAGUUGCAAAUGCUGCAGCUUAUGUCGCAACACCAACUGUUUAAUAAAGGCCUUAGCUUUAGAAACAAACUAUUGUUAACAUAUAAAAUGACUUUUUCACAAGCAAAAUUGUAUUAUAUUACACCUACCAUGUUGACUUUAAAUGACUCUUCUCAUCUGAUUAGAAUAAAGUUUUAAUAUUAUGUUUCAUUGAUAGAGAUUAUUUAGUUUAGAUCUAUCUUAUUUUAUGAAUAAGUAAACUUGUAA